AUGGAAAAGGCAGGCUGAGAAAGACUACAGGGUAUUUCCAUGGCUAUGGAUUUCUCUUGGUUUUGCAUGUUAGUGCUGGUACUGGUAGCCUUCUUCAUAGACUAUGGAGGAGCCCAAAAUCAGUGCAAAGAAUUAAGAUGUGGGCAUAAUAGCCCUCCUAUCCGAUUCCCAUUCAGAGUUAAAGAUCAGCAGCCAAAUUAUUGUGGUUAUCCUGGGUUUGAUUUAUCAUGCAGUGAUAAGCAUGAGACAGUCCUUGAGCUCCCAACACCAGCAAAAUUCUCUGUAAGAAAAAUAGAUUAUGAAUCUCAGGAAAUUGAGGUUUAUGAUCCAUAUAAUUGCCUUCUGGGAAAGCUUCUAAAGAACCUAGACUUGACAAAUUCUCCUUUCCAUGUUCCUAAAGAUAUUCCAUCUGACUAUACCUUGUUCAAUUGUUCUACUCUUGAUAGAAAAAACUUAGAUGGUCUGGUCCCCUGCCUUAGUGGCUCUGCCUACCAAAUUUAUAUGGUUGAUUCUUACACUUCCAUUGAAUACUUGCCCCUUGUGUAUUGCACUAAGAUGUAUAACGCUUCUAAUGUUCCAUUUAGUAUUUAUAGAUCUAGUUAUGAUAAUCUUCUUUUGAAAUGGUAUGAACCAAAUUGUGGACCCUGUGAAGCAAAGGGAAACCAGUGUGGUUUGAAGAAAAAUGGCACCAAACUUGAGACUGAAUGUUUGGACCUCAAGAAGAGUAAAGGUGAUUCAGACAAAAUAGUGGCUACCGGUGCAACUUUAGGUGCAUUUGUUCUUAGUCUACUGGUCAUUGUAGCUUAUCGUGUUUACAGCUUUAAUAAACUUGAGAAAGAAAAUCAAGUGCGGAUUGAGAGAUUUUUGGAGGAUUACAAAGCUCUGAAGCCAAGCAGAUAUUCAUAUGCUGAUAUUAAGAGGAUUACAAAUCAAUUCAAGGACAAGUUGGGACAAGGAGCCUAUGGAACGGUGUUUAAAGGGAAGCUCACUGCUGAUUUCUUUGUCGCUGUGAAAAUCCUCAACAACUCAAAGGGAAAUGGGGAAGAGUUUAUUAAUGAAGUUGGAACAAUGGGUAGAAUUCACCAUGUAAAUGUGGUUCGCUUGGUCGGCUUCUGUGCUGAUGGGUUUAGACGAGCUCUUGUUUACGAGUUCUUACCAAGUGGUUCCCUGCAGAAGUACAUAUCUUUACCAGAUUCCAACUCUUUCCUUGGCUGGGGAAAGUUGCAAGAAAUUGCAUUUGGCAUAGCCAAAGGAAUUGAGUACCUUCACCAAGGAUGCGACCAAAGGAUCCUCCACUUUGACAUUAAACCUCAUAAUGUUCUGUUAGACAACAACUUUACUCCGAAAAUUUCUGAUUUUGGUUUGGCCAAGUUGUGUGCCAAAGAUCAAAGCACAGUGUCAAUGACUACUGCCAGAGGGACAAUGGGUUACAUUGCACCCGAAGUGUUCUCCAGGAACUUUGGGAGUGUGUCUUAUAAAUCAGAUGUUUAUAGUUUUGGAAUACUGUUGCUUGAAAUGGUAGGAGGGAGGAAAAACACAGAUGUGACAGCAGACAACAUUAGUGAAAUUUACUACCCAGAAUGGAUAUAUAAUCUGCUAGAAGAAGGAGAAGAUCUUCGAAUCCACAUUGAGAAAGAGGAAGAUGCUAAGAUUGCAAAGAGACUUGCAAUUGUAGGACUCUGGUGCAUACAGUGGCAUCCAGUGGAUCGACCAUCCAUGAAACUUGUGGUUCAAAUGUUAGAAAGUGGAGAGAGUUUGAUCAUGCCCCCAAAUCCUUUUGGUUCGACAGGUCAAACAAAAUCAAAUGCAAGCAAGCCUGCGAGACGUAUGAACCUAGAGUUAGAAACUAUUGCAGAGGUAGAAUAAGUAUAAAAUUUGGAGCGCUUCUGUUGAACUUAUUGCUAGUGUAUAAUACUCAAUUAUCACUUCUCUUGAAGACAUUGUAAAUAAUUUGUAUCCAAGUGAAAACAGAGGAAAGGGAAGUCAGGGAACAAGUAAUCUGUUGCUUUUAUGUGAGUACGUGUGGAUACGUUCUGCAUUCUAAAUCAGUUAUAGUUCUAGUAAUCAGUAUUAGUGAACAAGAUGCAAAUUUAUUGCAUUCAGAACAAUCAAUAAUUUCAAGUAUGAAGGAUUUAUAUUAACA